ACUUGUUAUUAUGAAGGUGAUGUCCAGAGGGAUUACAAUUACAUGAGUCAGGUAAUGAGUACAUUUCCUUUCUUACUGAAUUCAUAUUCUUGAAAAGUUUUUCUUGUUCCGGAAAAUACCACCAUCUCUUUACUAUAGGGAUAACAGGCCUUUGUGACAUAGAAUUGCUGAAAAGCUUGCAGACCCCGUCCUAGGAAAUGCCUCAGCAUCAUCUGAUAGACCGGCAGGUGCCUGGGCGUGUUUCCUAUUCAAUUCACUAACCACACAGCCUCCGAGCUGGCGGGCUUGCGUCUGCGCAGCAGCAACGCUGGGCCUGGAGGAGAGGCUGCAGUGCGGAGACCCCCCGCAGCUGUCUCCUCCAGGGAGGCGGGGUGGGGGUGGCCUUGCCUGGCUCUCUCCUCCAGGUGUACCCAGGGUCCAAGCGCGCGGCCACCGCCGCCGUCUAGGUGUGGUUCAGCCCCUCUUCAGUGCAGGGGGCGGGCGGGCGGAGUGCGGGGCGCACGACGCCCCCGUCCCCGUCCCCGUCCCCGCCGUCUCAUUUGCGGCCUCUGACGCGUGACCCCGCCACGCUCGCGUCCCGGGCCGGUGCCAGGCGCGGGUGCGUCCGGCGCCCCCAUGUGCCUCCUCCCGGCGGCCGCACUCGCCGCGCCCCGCAUCCCGCUCCGGCUCCUCGGGAGAGGGCGCGCCGCCAUGUCCACCGCACAGCCACUCAAGUCCGUGGACUACGAGGUGUUCGGCCGAGUGCAGGGUGUUUGCUUCAGAAUGUACACAGAAGGUGAAGCCAAGAAAGUAGGAGUGGUUGGUUGGGUGAAGAACACCAGCAAAGGCACUGUGACUGGCCAAGUGCAAGGGCCUGAAGAGAAGGUCAAUUCCAUGAAGUCCUGGCUGAGCAAGGUUGGAAGUCCUAGUUCUCGCAUCGACCGCACAGAGUUUUCGAAUGAGAAAACUAUCUCUAAACUGGAGUACUCUAAUUUUAGUAUCCGAUACUAAGGAAAGAGAAAUAAAAGUUGUAGUUCUUACACUGCAAGAUAACUGUCUGUAUUCUAAGUCUAUAUUUUAGAGUAAUAAUUGCAGAGUAGGAUUAAAAAGGGGAACUCUCUGUUCUUAUAGCUACAGAAUUAUAUAUGGCUAAACAUGUCUGUCACUGGAAUAAGUUUACUCAAUUUUAUGUUCAGGUAGAACCAUAAUAUUCUAAGAUGGAAAAUGACAUUAUAAACAAUUUCAUGUGAACAUUCAAGUUAAGCUUUGUCAUGAAAUGUUUAAUUUCACUGAAAAAUCACAAUAUACAUGUUAUUCCAUUAGACAGAAAAUAAUAAAAUUAACCACCCAAAAUUA